AUGGAUUAUGAUUUGACACGGAUUGACUAUAUUAUUACUGGAAUUACAUACCCGGAUACGUUAAAAGUAUUGCCAGCAACAACGCCUAAGUCACAGCAAAAGUUUGUCGUCGGGGAUAAAAAUGGUGUAUUACAGUGUUUGGGCAUCAAGGAUGAAGAGCCAGUAGUUCAAUUUAAAACAUUACCCGGAAAACCAAUUACUUCUGUACAACUUUCAUGUGUCUCUGGCGUACAAACAGAUAAAAUUUUCGUUGCAACUGGAAAUGAAGUCAAGGGUUACACAAGAAAAGGAAAAGUAUUUCUGACAAUCGAAACUUCUGUCUCCGAAACAAUUACUUCUAUGUGCGUCGUCGGAGGCGAUCUGAUUCUCUGCAGUGGACGAACGGUCACAUGUUACAGAGAUUUACGGGAGAUGAAUUCAUAUGUUUGCGAGGAUAGAGUGCUCGAUAUGGCGGUGUUUGCCGCUCCGAACAGUACCCGAAUACGUUUGCUAGCUUUGGUAGCCAACAAAGGAGCAGUACUUUUAGAAAAUGGCCGAUUAAUUGCACACGCUACAAUAUCUUCUGGUCCGUCACGGCUAGCUGUUCCUCCAACUCAUCACUCUAAUGACACACAUGCAUUUUAUGGAGCAGUGGAUGGUUGUAUCGGUCUUAUUGUUUAUCAAGAUUCAAUGCUCACCACAAUAUGUUUGAUGGAAUGCCGCGGUUUGGGUGCUGUGGUAUGUAUGGGAUGGUUCUUUAGUGUUGGUGGUGCUCACCUCGCCAUCGGUCGCCACGACGGAUCUAUACAACUUUAUCUUGUGGACUUAGAAAACAUAACAGAGAAACCACGUUUGAAAUUUACCUAUUUUUGUGGUGAGCCAGUGACAUCAGUCACCGGAGGUUCCAUAGGGUCUGAAGAUAACGAGUUACUGGCUAGUACCUUUUCAGGAAGAAUAUUUGCGCUGCGGUCACGUCGUCAUGCUUCGGGAAGCCUUGCAAUGGCUAAUAUUCCCCAAGAAGCUUUUGCUUCAAGAAGAUCGAAACUGGAAACAGAAGUCGCUCGAUUGGAAAAACAAACAGCAAAUGAACGAGAAAAAUACCAACGAAGCACUCGUUCUCUGAAUGCAGGAUUAUCAGCACCACCUCUCCUCGACAUUCAAUGCGAGCUAACAGGAGCGAAAGAAGAUGGUUGGCAAGAAGCCAGAAUCACAUCAGCCGUUCCACUGGACAUGCUAUUUGUUUAUUGUGGCCGUAAGCUAGACAUGAAGACCGACAGUGCUGCAGUGCUCAGCAUAUGUUCGUCACAGGGUACGAAUCAAGACUUGCUAGCAACAGUAAGAUGUCAAGCGGGCACAAGACGAUUAUGGGUGCGAAUGCGUUACAAAGUCGGCAUAAACAUGAGGAUUUCAGAGUCAGUCAGCGUACUCAUUUAUGUUUUACCCGCGGGAGCACCAAGAGUAGCGCGAUUGCUCGUUGUACGAAUGCCGCUCCUUCCAUAUUACUCGCAACACGAAAACCAGAGUGUAGAAAAUGAACUAAGAUCAUGGGCUGAAGUGUUAGUAACUGGGAGUUUCUCUGUCGCGGAAAUGACGUCAUGGCUAACUGAAGUCCUACCUGGAGAACUUCCAAGGCCUUCUAAUAACAUAGUCUUUGCUCGAUCUCAUACCCUUCUAAAGACUAUUCUUUUAUGUCAAUACCGGCGUGGAAAUGCUGUGUUUAAAACAGACAAUAUUUCAACUCUAGCAGUCAUACGAGAUAUUAUGUCCAAUUGUUCUGUAACCAAAAGUAUAAGAGUAGAAAUCACCUACGAUAUUCCAAGUGAUUGCUGCUUGAAGUCUUUUAUUCGAUUGCAAGAAUAUUUCGAAGAAGAAUAUAAAAAGCAUAACAGCUUAUUCAUUAAGAAAGCUAUAAGAUCAUUGGACUUAGAUGACAAAGCUGUCAAUGAUGAAGAACACACUUUGUGUGAAGACUAUUGGCAUAUAUGGAACGCAGUUGAUGAAGAUAACACAAAGUCAAAUUUUGAAGAACUUGUAGGUAAGUCAAGUUAA